AAGUUUGUCGACGUCUUAAGAUAGCCAGCUCCUUAUCUUUUGAGUCAUGCCUUUUGAACUUUGAGUCCAAUUUGUUUAACUUGCUACCAGGGGGAGGAUGCACAGACACACUUUUGUCAUAUUAUUGCAUCUCUAGGAUUUAUUUGGGGAAAUGUAAUUCCACAAGUUGUAGCAGUGAUCUCAUCACUUCCUAAUAAAGCAGCAGGGAGGACAGCAGACCAGGAGAACAACCAGAGGCAGAAAGACAGAAAAGAGGAGGAGCGUAUACACUCGUUGCGUCAUUUAUUAGUCUCAAGAACAGAUUUAUUGUCCACUAGAGAUUCACUGAUAGGUUGUGUAUAUAUGUAUGCGAGUGUGUUGGACUGGACUCACAAGAGAAAAAGAGAAACCUCUCAGAGAGAAGAUUUUCUCACAGCAUAUCUUCAACUGCUCAACCAACAUGUCUCACCCAGGUCAGGAAAAAGAUGAACAAAUGCAGCGUCCUGAGGUGAGCGACGAGGACCUGACUGAAACAUUGAACAGACUGGGUAAGAGUGGACCAGCGAAGAGCAAGACAAUCGAAGUAAUGGAGGAGUGCGAGAAAGUUGGUAAAGCUGCUCCCUCGGUGUUCAGUGGAGCGAGGUCAGGAGUGGAGACUGUUUUGAACACGCACUCGGCUCGACCAAUCAGGAAGUAGCAUUGGACUUCCUGACCACGGUUGGACAACACCUGUUCCACUUCAGGGGUUUGGAUCGGUUGUCCUCCAGUUUGUGUUUUUGAACUCAACUCUGUUUGGUCAUGGCAUGCUUUGGCACUUUUUUAAAGUGAUAAUUUCCUUAAACAAAUAAUUUCUAUAUACUUAUAAGUAGGGCUGCACGAUAUUAGGAAAAUAUCUAAUUGCGAUUAUUUUGACUGAUAUUGUGAUAUGAUUCACGAUAUUGGAGGGAAUGAUCAUUGUUGUAUCA